AUGUUUUUCUUAUAUUUAUUAAGUAUACUAUCGCUUGUAAUACAAGCUGUAUUUAUAACGCUAGCAAUUGCCGCUGGAUUAUUCUAUCUCGCAGAAUUAGUUGAAGAGUACACGGUUACAGCGAAAUAUAUAAUAUCCUGGACAAUAAUUGCAACGGCAGCAAUUCACAUAGGUUUAAUAAUAUUCGAGGAUAUACCGUUAUACUUCAAUGCUUUGGGACUUUUCCAACAAUUACUACAUGGUCUUCUAUUGAGAGAUUUCCCCGUCGUGAAAGUGAUGAGUCUGUCGUUUAUCACAGGAGUUGCUAGCUUAAUUCUCCAUCAUUACCUCGCUUUUAAGUAUUUCGGAGAAGUGUACUACAGUUUUUCGGAGGUGCUAGCAUACUUCACUCUAUGUUUAUGGGUUGUCCCAUUCGCUCUGUUUGUGUCGCUGUCUGCAAACGACAAUGUACUGCCCACGACGGGUGAAAGGAUACAUUUACUCGAUGACGAUAAUGUUGUUACCGAUUACCUAUCAAGAAAAUCAAAGAAGUACAGCCUGCUCUCCUUCUUCAGCUUCGCAAAGGAAUCUAUAUUACCGCAGAGGAAUAAAAAGGCUUUCUGA